UGGAGACAACAUGGCUGCCUCGGACAUCCCCGCGGACUAGUGUAGUAGUUUUUGUGGCGUAGUUAGCAGCGUGUGAACGGACGUGUUCAGUGUUUCUCCGCUGUGGUGAUUUACAGAGAGGAAUAAACAGCAAAUGAAGUUCUGAAAAAAAUAAAAACAAAGAGACUCGUCCUGUUGUCAGCGUGCUACGUCUGACCGGCGGCGCGCGUGUGUGAAGCUGCUGACGGCUGACAUCAUGUUUGUGUUGGUGGAGAUGGUCGACACUGUCAGGAUUUCUCCGUGGAAUUUCCACAGAAAACUCAACGAGGCCAUAGCCGAGGAGCUCAACAAGAAACUGGCCAAUAAGGUGGUUUACAACAUUGGCCUCUGCAUCUGCUUGUACGACGUCACUAAACUGGAUGAUUCCUACAUAUUCCCUGGAGACGGAGCCUCACACACCAAAGUUAAUUUCAGGUAUGUGGUUUUUCACCCUUUCCUCGACGAGAUCCUGGUCGGCAAGAUCAAGUAUUGCAGUCAGGAGGGAGUUCAUGUGACAAUGGGCUUCUUUGAUGACAUCCUCAUUCCACCGGAGUCUCUACAACAGCCUGCAAAGUUUGACGAAGCAGAGCAAGUUUGGCUCUGGGAGUAUGAGACGGAUGAAGGGGCUCAUGACCUCUACAUGGACCAGGGAGAGGAGAUCCGUUUCCGGGUGACAGACGAGGUCUUUGUGGAUACUUCACCAACGGGCCCGACUGCAGCAGCGACAGACACACCGGCUCAACCGGGUCAGUCGACAGAACAGCCAGCGGAGGAGAGCAGGGAGAAGAAGGAAGCGCCGUACACUCUGAUUGGGACCAUCUGUGAGCCGGGGCUAGGGCUACUGUCCUGGUGGAACAGUUAGCCCUGCAGCAGAUCUCCUUGUUAGGAGCAGGUCCACCCGAAGGAUGAGGCACAGUCGUCGGGCUGGUCGAUGGGACGGUGGGCUGGAGACACAGAACCUUGUUUUUUGAGAGACUCGAGACUGAUCGUUUGGUAAACGAUGUUCUCAAAACAUCAACUUGUAAAACAAACUCCAUGCUGUAUGUGAAGAAAAGACUGAAGUACUUGAACUUGGUGGAUUUCAUGUGAGAUUUUGACCCCAGCUAUUUUUAUUUAAAUAAAAUUGAAUGCAUUGUGACAUGUUACUCAAAGACAUGCACAACUUCAGAUUAUUAUGGAUCAGUAGGUGCAAUUUAAAGGUCCAGUGUGUAAAAUUUAGUUGACAACUUGUUGAUUUGGUACUUUUUGAGCAAUCACCUGAUUGUGUGAAUUAUUAUUCAUUAUCUACUCCAGAAUGAGCCUUUUAUAUUUAUAUCAGGAGCCAAGCCAGCUUUACCGAGGUCACCAUGGGCCACCAUGUCUUUGCAGUAGCCCACGAUGGACAAACUAAUUCCUUCUGAGUGAAGGCUACAUAGGUUUUUCAACACACUUUGAAGAGAAAAGUGAGGUGUAGAAUAUUCAUCUCCAAUAGAUUACAUACUGUACCUUUUAAUGCUUUAAUCCCUAAUGACAUGAUAACUUGCAUAAAGACACUGAGUAUGAAGGUGAGAAGACGUUGAUAUUUUGUUAGAAACUACCUGUUGGUCAGAUCGCUAAUGCGUCAUCAAGACUAUAUAGAAUAUAGCAUGAUAACAAUGUAUUUGUAUUGUAAAUGCUACGUCUGACCCAAAUACACGUGCACACAACCUCA